UCUAGACCUUAUCGGAUAUUAAAUGUAUAGUCGGGUUUCUUAUAGACGGGUAUCUCUAAGUCAGGCAAUGCCGAGUCUUGCGUGUUUUUUGUUGACGGGGGCGCAGCGGAAAACAAGUCUCUUGGCCGCCAGUUGAAAGAUUUGGAGCGGCGCUCUUGAGUGCACGCAUUGCGGCUCAGUGUGUGAAUGUGGAGCUAUUCCAUUGAGAAAAACUGGCAAAACAGUUGGCUGGAAAUGACGAAAUGUGCAGCAGAAAAACAUGAAAUUGCCACUAGGAGCACGAGAUUUGAGCUAGAGCUAGAGCUCGAGCAUGUGCAUCGCUCGGCUUGAGGACGGGGUGCGAGAUCGAGAUCUAAAGCACGAAAUGAGACGCCAAGUCAAAGCAAUUGUCACUUAGCCAUUUAGCUAGACCAGCUGGACAAGUCGAGUGGAUGAAGAGGUGAAGAGGGACGGCAGGGAGGGAUAUCAACUGGCUGCCAGAAAUGGUUAAGCGCGACAACGGAUCGCAUAUAUAAAACUGAAGAACUGGCGGAAAAUGCAUCUCACAUUCGAGCCGAGUUCUUGCAGUGCAGUCGCGCGCCUUUAGUCAACUAAAAAAAUAAAAAAAAACAAAAAAGGAAAAGGAAUUCCAAUAGAAUGUUCGCUCAGACUGUGUGCGUGCUUGGAUUGGCGCUGUCCAUGGCGCUCGCCAUACCCAUUGAUCCCUAUGGCCCCUCGCUGCUUGCGGCGCCGGCCAUUUCCUAUGCGGCGCCCAAGCUGCUGGCCACGCCCACCCUGGUGCAGCAUGCAGCGCCCGCCUACAUAGCCGCCCCAGCACCAGCCUUGGCGGUGGCCAAGGUGGCCGUGCCCGAGCCCUACGAUCCGAAUCCACAGUACAGCUUCUCGUACGGCGUUACCGAUCACCACACGGGCGACUCCAAACAGCAGGAGGAGUCGCUUGUCAAUGGCGUCGUACACGGCAGCUACUCCCUGGCCGAACCGGAUGGCACCAUACGCAAGGUGACCUACACCGCGGACAAAGUGAACGGCUUCAAUGCGGUUGUCGAGAAGAAGGGCGUGGCCGUUGUCGCCAAGCCCGCCCUGGCCGUCGCCAAGGUGGCGCUGCCCACGGUCACCAAGAUUGGAUACGCCGCGCCCGCCUACGGCGGCUCCGGCUAUGGCGGACACUACUAGACGCUCGCCCGGGGUUCUCGCUUGAUGCCCAACUCAGUCCCGACCGUUGUUGAAUAGUUCUAGUAUUACAUACACAAUUUCGCUUCCAAAACCAUCCGAAACACAAAAAUGACGUGCGUGCUGUCCUCCACUGAAAGCCAACUCCGUAUCAUGUGGUCCAUCUAGCUUCUAGGGAUACCGUUUCUAGGGGAUUUCGGUAAACGGCUAUCGGCCAUUUAUCUAGUGAUUUAUAAAAUGCAUCUACUGAAUAAAAGUUUCGGUACAAAAAAAAAAAA